AGGGGGUUGCUGACCAGCCUCUGACAACACUGCUGAAAACUGCAAAAAUAAGAACAAAUUAAAAACGCAAUAGAACCUCCGCCUGAAAUGCAAUAUAAUCAUUUAAAAACUGCGCUCUGAUAGGUCGCUACACUAUUUAAAGGUGUUCAUCGCGUUGUACAUGUCCGGAAAAUUCAAGGGGGAGAUCCGAAAAGUGGGAAGCCCUUUGUGAUUGUUGUUUUUUGUAGAUAUUGUUUGGUGCGAUAUCCGUAGUUGGACUGGAUGGUAUGGUUUUGGUAGCGGUAGGGGGAAAGCAAUAGUGAUUUUCCAUAUUGAACGCUGACGGGAAAUGCCAGUCGGCACUACGAACAUGUUUCUAGCAACGUCGCUGUUUGUCGUCGCACUUCUGCAAACAGCCAACUCAUACUCGGUUCGAAUUACGGCGCCCGAUCAGGCACUUUUGGGAGCCACCGUAAACCUGUCCGCAACCCUAUACAAUGGCAAAGCACCCGACGAAGGAGGCCCCUACAGGUUCACCUGGAGUGACGGCGCAGACCAUCGAAAGGAAAUAGAGACCAGUAACUCUUCGUCGAAUUGGUCUGUCGCUUUCACCCAGGAGGGCAUCCAAUCCGUAAAAGUCGAGGUGGAUAAGAAGUACAUCUUUUGGAUAACCACUGGAGUGGGAAAGGCAUCGAUAACAAUUAACAAAUCCCUUGGUGGUAGCCUGCAACUAAUCCAGAAGAAUGUAAGUCGCACGCUGGAUUAUGUUUCCACCCAGGAAGUGGUGAAUCACAGAAUAUCACUGCCCGACGGGGACGAGCAGUACUUGCGUGAAAAGGGUUAUCAUAUUCAGACGUAUUGGUUUCAAAACUGCACAUAUCUUGGCAUGUCCACUGCCUUAGACUAUCAAGCAACAUAUCCGCAAGCUGAGCAAUACUAUAAUGUGGAAGCACUGGUCGUUGCAUCUAUGGAAGUGCCGCCGGAACCAACGCCCUCAACCACUACCACGACAACAACUACGACAACUACAACAACUACGACUACUACAACAACCACGACUACAACUACUACAACACCGGCAACAACAACCACAUCUACCACAACCACAACCAAAGCGCCGGCUCGUGCCAAACGGGACAUAAUUCAGGCCAUGCACACUAAUGCCGCUCUUCUUGGCCUUAACCUGACCACCGCUCUAAAGCAACAACAAGCUAAAGGAUCGACUGGCAAUCUGUCCGUAGCACUGGUCAAUCCUCUUGGAGUGCGACGCAUGUCCAAGCUCAAUUUGUUGCCUGGCACUGAGCUUCCCUUCGAUUGCGUGAGCAAAAAGAUCAUAGCUCAGGAUCCAAAAAAGAUAUACGGCUAUUACCAGCGACGCGUAGUUUCAAAGGAUCCCAUUUCUGGAUUUGGCACUACUGGGAAAAACUGGCUGCAGCACUGGGAGGUACUGAAAUUAAACGUAAACUGUAAGGGAUCCCCACCAUUUGAAGUUUGUCAACAGGUUUACAAAGCACCUUACAAUUCCACGGGCAACGAAACUUGUCUAAGCUAUGAAUCCACUGACAAGUGCUCAUUUGAAUAUAAGCGAUACUUUCUGGAGAGCAAAACCAUUUUGUUUUUCAUACGCAACGAGGUCUCACAGACCCUAAAUCAGGUUACAAUAAACAUGUACGAAGCUCAGCGCCAAUCCCAGCUUUCAGUCGUGGUUGUACCAGUCACUUGCACUUUAGUGGCCGUCAUUCUAGUUGUAUUUAGCGUGGCCUACUACAUACAGCGUGGAAAUCGGUUCACGGUUGAAGUAGCAGACUUUAAUUUCGGAGACACACAGUCGGUGGACAUGGAAUAUAAGACAUUCCCGCAGCGUUUAAUCGACAGCAUACGCGAUGCAUGCACCUGGCGGGGACAACGUCGCCAUUCGCAGUCGAGUACAGAUCUCAUGGCGGACGAGCCUCCCAGUCCUGGUUUGGGAGGCAACGUGGGCGACGUCGAUAGCAAUCUUCGAUACAAUACAUUCAACUAGGGCCUCCAAGCCCAAAGAGAUUGAAAUAUUGUACCUAAACGAAUUAAUCAAUUUGAUUUAAUUUCGGCGAUUAGUUUUUAUAUCCCGAUCCCCAGCAAUUUCUGGUUGACUGUCAUCGAUCGAAAUGGCGGACAAGGGACUAUUAUAUUGUUAUUAUUUUAUGAGCACAGUUCAGUGCUUUAGUCAUUUUCAUAUUGUACAUUGACGCCUUGAGGGCGGCAUAUAAAUCCAUAGGUACAUACACGUAUAGCAACGAUAGUAUCUUGUAUAUGUUUUCAUCUAUGUAUCUCCUUUUUUGUAAUCACUUUCUCAUUAUGUACAUCUCUGUCAAAAUCAACGCACAUAGUUGCUCAUUAUGGCCAAAUGUCGAGUAGUAAUUAAUCAUUCAAAUCGCAAUGUCGGAUGUGCAGCAUCCUUUUCGAUAUUGUUAAAGACUGUCUUUGUUCGAAAAAGAAAAAAUUUAAAUCUUGAAAGAUUUACCCUUAUGCUUAACAAGUUGUUUGUGACGUAAAGUUAAUGGCUAGCAUAAGUAAUUUGAUUGUUUCCAUUGUAAGGUGAUCCAAAUUCAAUGACAAAGACAAACGCAUCUCACACUAACACACAUGCGACACAAAUAUUCAUUGUGAUAGAUAAUAGAACAAACAGUAUGUAUAUGUUUAAAUAAAAAGUUUAAAAAAAUAUUAUGCUGAUAAACAUAAAAGUA